UGCAAGGGGCGGAGCUCGCCCCAGAGAGGAGACCCUGCCUGCCGCCAGCCAGCAUCUCACUGCUGCGACGUACCACAAUCCUGCGGGUGCUCUCUCCUGGCCGCUCCAGCCAGACACUCAGCAGGUGAUGGCGGGGGAGGGAAUCGGGGUUCUGGAGCCGGCCGUGUGCCCGCCGCCCAUACAAGAGCGGGAUGCACUCCUGGCCCGGUCCAGUGUCCCUGGAGCUGAGACGCUUAGGCCCUGCGACCCCUCAGCCAGCCCUGGAACCGCACCGCCUUCCCCGGGAAACAUUGGGGAGAACCCCGCCUCCAGCGUUCUGAACCUGGGUGGCUGCGAGAAGGGCUCGGGUACUGGGGUGAGAACCAAAGGGAAGGCUGAGGAAGUGACGACUGAGGAAGACUCUGUAGCCGCGGAGGAGCCCGCGGAGGUGGGGGAGAAGCUGGAGUGGGGCGUGGAAGCCCAGGCGAGCCUGAGGCCUCUGGACCUCGGGGCUCUUAUCGUGGACCCUCUAGAGGCCAUCCAGUGGGAGUUAGAGGCCAUGAGUGCCCAGGCUGAUGGGGCCCACCUGCAGCUGGUGCGCAGAUUUGGGAGGAUGCGUCGGUUGCACCUAGCCCGUAGGAGCUUCAUCAUCCAAAAUAUUCCAGGCUUUUGGGUCACUGCCUUCCUGAACCACCCACAGCUAUCAGCUAUGAUCAGCCCUAGGGAUGAAGACAUGCUUGGCUACCUGAUGAAUUUAGAAGUGAGGGAGCUCAGGCACACCAGAACAGGUUGCAAGUUCAAGUUCCUAUUUGGGAGCAACCCUUACUUCCGAAAUGAGGUGAUAGUGAAGGAGUAUGAGUGCAGCUCCUCAGGCCGUGCGGUGUCCAUUGCUACUCGCAUCCUCUGGCGCCGAGGCCAAGAACCGCCCGCCUUGGUGCACAGGAACCGGGACACCAUGAGAAGCUUCUUCAGCUGGUUUUCGCAGCACAGCCUCCUAGAAGCUGACAGGGUGGCCCAGAUCAUUAAAGAUGACCUGUGGCCCAACCCUUUGCAAUACUACUUGCUGGGGCAAAGGCCCUACAGAGCUAGACGAAGCCUUGCAAGAUGGCCAGCAGAGGCUCCGGCGAGGCCCUAUGGGUUCCAGUCUGGCUAAGUCCUGCUCAGAUUUUUGGUGCUUACAUAGGACUUCCGCUCUCUGCGUGUCAACCUACCUAUGUCUAGGCCAGUGCUCUGCUGUCUGCUUUCUCCUCUGUGAAUUCUUACUCCUCAGCAUGUUUGGUGGACUCGUGGCCAAGGCUGUGAUCUUCAUGCUGUUUGUUCUACGUCAACAUCUUGUGAUUCUCAUAUACCACUGUACUUAACAGCAGGGACCCAAUGCUAUGGAUGUGUACUGUCAUCAUGGGUGUGGCCUGGGCCCACGUGUAAAACAUGGCCUUUCACUCACUUCAUACCAUUACUGACAAGGCUUCACAAGGACCAGCUCCUGUUGGAGGCCUACCUCUUCAAAGCUAGGCCUCAAAUAUGCUGCGCUUGACAAGUGCUGACUGUUUCAAAUUGAGGUGUGACACCUAAGAUGAAGUGGGUGCAUUUGGUCCUGCUGGUAAACCAGACUUGGAUAUCCCAUGGCUCCAAGACCACAGACAGAGCAGCUCCUACCAACUGAGUUGAGUAUCUGCAACCUGGACAGCCAGGUGAUGAGACAUGGGUGAGGCCUAGGGUCGGACGCAGUGGGCAGUACACCGUUCCUGAUCAUACUUCUCCUCCUAUGUGUGCCCCUCUCAUCGCCCGCUGUUGGCUUGUGAAGACCUGUGUGUACCCUACCCAUGCCUGGCCAUUGCCUUUUUGAGGAGUUCUACCUUGUCUACCAUCAUCCCUGUUGCUUGCUUUCAGGUCUGUAAGGGUCCCCUGUCAAUGUAGUGAGCGCUCCUAAUACUACAGAGAUUAUCUCAGGCUGGCAUAUCUGGGUGUGUGCUCAAGGUAGGAGCAAGGUUGGGAGUCCUUUAAGAAGCCUCAUUCCAAGACCUACAGACUUCUUGUCAGCUUCUCCUACACCUACCUGUUUUUAAGCUGCCAGGUUGUAGGGCCUGGAGGAGAGAGCCUUCUGGCCAUGGGGCCUGCUUCCACAGGCAUAGAUCUCACAUGGUUUUUAAUGGGACAGCUCUGAAAUAAAUAACUGAAGAUGCUA